CAGUGACACGGCUGGCGCGGGCGGGCCCGUCCCCCCUGCCCCUGGGUCGCUCUUUUUAAGCUCCCCUGAGCCGGGGCUGCGCUCCUCUAAUUGGGACUCCGAACCCGGGCUAUUUCUGGCGCUGGCGCGGCUCCAAGAAGGCAUCCGCAUUUGCUACCAGCGGCGGCGGCGGCGGCGGCGGAGCCAGGCCGGUCCUCAGCGCCCAGCACCGUCGCUCCCGGCAGCCCGGAGCGCGCACCGCAGGCCGGCGGCCGAGCUCGCGCAUCCUAGCCAUCGCUUCUCCACCUGCUCCAGAGAGAAGGGAAGAUGAGUGAGUCGAGCUCGAAGUCCAGCCAGCCCUUGGCCUCCAAGCAGGAAAAGGACGGCACUGAGAAGCGGGGGCGGGGCAGGCCGCGCAAGCAGCCUCCGGUGAGUCCCGGGACGGCGCUGGUAGGGAGUCAGAAGGAACCCAGCGAAGUGCCGACACCUAAGAGACCUCGGGGCCGACCAAAGGGGAGCAAAAACAAGGGUGCUGCCAAGACCCGGAAAACUACCACAACCCCAGGGAGGAAACCAAGGGGCAGACCCAAAAAACUGGAGAAGGAGGAAGAAGAGGGCAUCUCGCAGGAGUCCUCCGAGGAGGAGCAGUGACCGCGCCGUGCCGCCUGCUCCUUGGCAGAGGAGCGAUUUUCCUUCUGGGACUGGACAGCUCCGCUCCGCUCCCACCGCCCCCGCCCCCUCCCCCAGGCCCCCCCUUCUCCCACACCACCACCACCACCCACCUGUGCCCUCGCUGCCACACUACACAGCACACCAGCCGCUGCGGGGCCCCAAGGCCCGAGUGGGGAGCAGUUUCCUUUGGUCUCGGUUUCCAGCGACCCCUCACCCACACGCACACUCAGCUCCAGACACAGCGACCCCCAGUCUUGCGGCACCCUGCCCCCUGCUGUGUCCCCACACCCUGCGGUGGGGACGU